AUGCAUGCCCAAAGGAGAGCUGCUAUCCACGGCAAAAAGAGAAGGUCGUGCAACCUGCAGCUCAAGAUUGCAAGAAUUAAUAUAUACAAGCAUGGAUUGGAUGCACAAAUCUUCCACAAAGGGCGUGAGGAUUGCUACGCAGUGAACUGCAGAGGUCUCGAAAAACAAGAAAGGGGAGAGAAUGCAGACUGUUCGAACCAGAGGAUUGAGUUGAGUGUGAGGAAGAAGCUUACAUUAUCAGCCUUAGAUCAAGUCUGGAUUGAGGAACAGGGGAAAUGGAGGCUGAAGAAUGAGCUACCUUUUCACUCUACUACUGCUCUUGAAAACAACAGGUUCCUUUUCAACGUGAGUCUACGUGGUGGUAAUACAUGUGUGAAAGAGAACAUGAUUAAAGAAAUUGAUUUAUAUAUGCCAUCAAAGAAGCCACAGAUAAACAGAUGCAGAAACCUUAAGUCUUCUGCGCAAAUUCGAGACAGUUUUUUGAGAAAGAAAAGUCCGUUAGGGUUAAAUUCCCACUAG